AUGAACGCGCACGCUGCAAACGAUUGCUCCCCAUUACCUCUUCCCGCCUCCCCGUUUCCCCUUCCCGCCUCCCCAAUUCCCCUUCCCGACACCCCAUUUCCUCUUCCCGCUCCCCAUUACCCCUUCGCGCCUCCUCGUUUCCCCUUCCCGCUCCCCAUUACCCCUUCCUGCCUCUGCAAUUCCCCUUCCCGCCACCCCAUUUCCUCUUCUCGCUCCCCAUUAUCCCUUCCCGCCUCCUCGUUUCCCCUUCCCGCUCCCCAUUACCCUUUCCCGCCUCCCCAAUUCCCCUUCCCGCUCCCCAUUACCCCUUCCCGCCUCCCCAAUUCCCCUUCCCGCUCCCCAUUACCCCUUCUCGCCUCCCCAAUUCCCCUUCCCGCUCCCCAUUACCCCUUCCCUCCUCCCCGUGACCCCUUCCCGCUUCCCCAUUACCCCUUCCCACUCCCCAUUUCCCCUUCCCGCCUCCCCAAUUCCCCUUCCCGCCUCCCCGCUUCCCCUUCCCACUCCCGAUUAUCCCUUCUCGCCUCCCUUCUCAAACUGCCGAACACACAUCACAGUCGCCGCCCGAUCGCACAGCCUCGCUACCACCCCCUCAUCCCCCCCUUUCUCCCUCUCAUCUCCCCCCCUGCUCCCUGUCAUGUCCCCACCUUCUCUCUCUCAUGUCACCCCCUUCUCCCGCUCAUUCCCCCCCAUUCUCCCUCUCAUUUCUUCCCCUUCCCCCUCUUAUAUCUCCCCCUACUCCCUCUCAUUCCCCCCAUGAAGCCCCUCAUUCCCCCCCUUUCUCCCUCUCAUCCUCCCCCCUGCUCACUGUUAUGUCCCCCCUUCUCUCGCUCAUUUAAAUGCCACAUAACCUCCCUCUCAUUUCCCCGCAUUCCCCCCCCCUUCCCCCUCUCGUUUCCCCCCAUCUCCCUCUCCUUUCCCCACGUGCUCCUUCUCAUUCCCCCCCCCUUCUCCAUCUCGUUUCCCCCCCGCUCAUUUCCCCCCAUCUCCUUUCAUUUUCCCCCCUUCUCCCUCUCAUAUGCUUCUAACCCCUACCGUACCCUUGGAUGA